CGACCACCAUUGUUCUUCGAGUUCCUCACUGCUCUCCAACCUCUGGCCAACGAUGUCAGUAUUUGGUCAACCACUUGGAUCGACUCAACCUGCAGCAGGGACGAACGCGUUCGGGCAGCCUGUUCAACAACAACCUGCAGUUGCUGUGUUCGGUCAACCACAGCCGACGACCGCCGGAACUGGGCUAUUCAGUCAGCUUCAACCACAACAGAUUACCCAGCAGCCUCCUAGUUUGUUGAGCCGACUUGGAGCUGCUACCACUACUUCAACCUCAACACCCGGAUGGGGUCAACCGAGCACGAGCACGCAGCCUGCAGCUGGGACGGGCAGUUUGAGCCCAUUUAGUAACUUCGCUGCGAAACCUGCCGCGACUGGGUGGGGCCAAUCCACCAACACACAAGUACCGACGUUCUCCCUGCAGCCUCCAGCCGGCCAAACUCAGCAGGGAACCAAUACGUUCGGCCAGCCUUUGUCUUCCUUUUCGCUUAGUGGCAGCACCCAACAACAACAACAGCCAUCUACGUUCGGUACUCUCGGUCAGCAGCAGCAACCUCAGCAACAAAAGCCUGCGUUUCAAUGGCCCGCAGCCGCCACGUGGGGGCAAUCCACCCUCGGUCAAUCGCAACCUCAGCCGGCUCAGCAGCAACCCUUAGGCGUAUCCCAGCUCAGCAUCCAGCCUGCAAACCCUCUGUUGGCUUCCCGCAGCACUGGGCUAGUUGGUAGGCUACACCAACCAGAGAAGACGCUUGAGCAGAGGGCGACUGAGAUUGCGGAGGCGUGGAACCCGCAGUUGACAAAGUGCAAGUUCAGACACGUCUUCUACAAUGUACGGACUGCGCAAGAGAUGGGCGUAGAUCCUGCUAGACCAGCGAACGUUACCGAGGAGGAGUGGCAGAACGCACUGCGUAUGAAUCCUGAUCCUCAGAACCUAUACCCUGUUGUUGUGUCUGGAUAUCAUGCCCUCAGACAACGACUGUUUGAGCAGGCGCAAAUGGCCAACGCUCAGACUGUUAAACUAAAACAACUAAUCGAAAAGAUCGACGAACGGAAGAAACUGUACUCCCUGCAAUCCUCCGUCCGGAUCCAGCAAUCUCAGCUCAUCGAGACGUACCUGCAUCAUCGUAUUCUCGCUAUCUCUGCUCGUCUGCACCUGCUCAUGCCCGAUUUGCGAACCAAGCCCAUUUCUCCCGAGGAAGAAGCUUUGGCCACUGCCCUCCAGUCCCUAGACGCGGAGAUGAACAGUGGCACAGGAAGUGGGCGUAUGAGAGGAAAGGUGAACGAACUUUGGACAGCGCUAGGAGCAUACAAAGCCAUGAAAGAGAGAGAUAUUCGUGACGGGGGCAAGGAUUCCCGCGAGUGGGUCGUGGCCGAUGAGCAAGGCUUUGAGGAUAUGAAGCGGGUUCUGGGAGAUCAAUAUCGUGCGCUGGAAUAUAUCACCAAGCUUCUUGCAGUGGAUGACUUCGAUGUGGAUCAUAUCAGAGCAGAAGGGUAUGGGAUCCGGAGUCCGACACAGAGCUGAAGAUCUGCAUACAACGGCGUUUGCCAUCUUUGUAUUGAUUCUCAACUUGAUAACUCAUACCUUGUCCCACGACAUGAAUACCUAAUAA